AAACCCAGCCAGCACUCACUACCAUCCUCCAAUAAUUCAUACUCCACACCCGUCCGAACUUUCAUAGCCCACCCCACCUCUCCCCCAUCCCUACCUCAUCCUUCUACACGGGUAGCUACAAGUAAGAGGAGGAAUUAAGUGAGGAGAAGAGAAGUGAAAAGAAUGACCGGCCAAAUCCCACCCUACCUCCUUAUAGACAUCCUCCGAAACCUUGACACAAGAGAUCUGCUGAGGACAGAAUCCGUGUCAAGGACCUUCCACCAAGAACUCACCACCCGAGCCCCCCUGCGAAGAAUCCUCUUUACCCUACCGCCCUGCCCUCCCCCUGCCACAGGGGUGCCAUCGAAAACAACCUACGACUUGCACCCCAUAUUUCGACUGGUAGACUACAUACCCGACACCACGCCCCUCUGCCCGCGGGUUAUUCUGAGGGACUCGGGAAAGCAAGUGUCCCGGUACCCGGUGUGUCUGAAUUUUGCGUGCUCUCCAGCGUGCAGGAGGGUUGAGAUAGAGCUGUGCGGCGCGGUUCUCGUGGUGGAGGAUCCGGAGGGCGUGAAUGUGAUGGGCAUUUUGCGGGGGUUGGAUGAACUGUGAGUCUUCUCUUCUCCCGGGCCGCGUGCGUAUAUAUGUGUGUGUGCGCGGCUGGAUUAACGUGAAUGGCGCGACGUACGAUAGGAUGGAGGAGAGACAUAUGAACGGGAGGUUAGGUUGGGAUCAUGUGCAGUUCCCGUAUACCCCCCCGGUGCUUGUUACACGGCGGGGUGCAUCUGACGGUAAUAGCUUCGCCGGCUUCCGCACACCCCCAACACAGGGUACCGGACCCCCGAGAUUAAUCCCGGAAUUCCACAACCUACCGGAAAUCACUCGCCAGCUAUCGCAUGGGAAGACGGUCGCUUCUUCCUUAACAACUUUUUGAAGAUUGGGUUACCACCCCCGGUAUUCCUUCCUGUCCCACCAACCAUCACCUUCGCCGUCGUCAUCAUCCAGCUCAUCCAGGGCUUGAGUUCGUGCUUGCGGGGGAUGGCCUAUUUGGGCAAAACCCGAGUGACGAUUCAUGAUCCUUAUCCCGUAAUCACGUGGUGUCGCGUGGGAAGAAAUGUGUUGGCGUGUGGGGCCCUGAUUUGUUUUUGUUUCUAGCCGGGGGAGGAUGGGAGUUUUUUUUUUUGGCUGCGGUACGCUUGGAAAGGGUCUGGCACCAGGCGGGGUACGGUCAGUAGAGUAGAUAGAUCACCAUAGAUGAAAGGACGGAAGGGAGGGAGGGGUAUAUAAACUAUGGCUAUCGCACGAGGGGGGGGGGGGGCAAGUUGUUCUGUUUUUAGCAUUUCAUGUACCGGUAGAUUUUAUAUCCUCACGUUACGGCUCCACCCCCCAACCCGAAGCGUUCCCACCUGCUACUUUCUGUUCGUUUGUCCCUUCGUUCAGGGUAUUAUAUCACAUUUUUGUAGGAAUAAGGGAGUUUUUUUGUUUAUUCUAUGAGUCAAAGUAAAUCCACAUUGCCGCCGACCGCGAAAUUGUCUACUCUGCACGAGUACUCGGGUACUGUAUUGUACUAGUACUCCUCGAAUGACCGCUCGAGUAACCCUACCGUACGCACACU